UUUAAUGAAUAAAAAUAAUGAUCAGAAAUUCAAAGAGCCUCCUCCAUAUUACUUGUAAAUUUACAAUUGACAAUUAUUAAUAGUUUUGGCAUUCCUCUUCAUAAUAAGAGAGUGGCAUAACAAUUUUGCUUUAUUUUCAUCCUCGUCUUAAUUAUACCAUUUUCAAUGUUUUUCGGAUUAAGAGAAUCCUUGGGAGAAGUAAGUGCUGGUAUCUCUGCUGUUGUAUCCAUUUAAUUCGUCAUAGCCUUUUAUGUUGUUAUGAUCAUAAGAGACCCAGAAAACUUCCCAAAUGCUGAAAAAGCAAGAAAGCAAAUUGAAGAAAGGAAAUUAAAAACUAAGCAAAAUCAAGUUGAAACAGAACCACUCAAAUAGGAAAGUAAACCACUUACAAAUAAAUUGAAAUAAAAUUGAUAUGUCUUAAAUACACAUACAUAUAUAUAAC